AUGAGUCAGAUACUUAUCUCUUUGUCAAUUCUCAUAUUAUAUGCAUGGUUCACACAUUCCGCUUCUUCAGUCGAACUAAUGGUGGUUCAAGAUAAUACUGGCAGUAAAAAUUCAUUGUGAAAUUUCUUAUCAAUGAAAAACUUCUUUUAUAGUUCAAAUGAUUUGAUAGACUGAUACAAUUGCUCGAUUUCAGAAAUACCUAAAUGCAUUGAAAAAAAGCCAAAUACAUCGGUGAUAUUAAAUUUAUUUGACGAUUUAAGUAUUCAAUUUGAAGUGUCCCAACUAUGUAAAGAAUAUAAGAUUAUCCAUUUAGUUUUGCAAGACGAAUUCGUUUAUCGUGACGAAUGGACUUAUUCUGCAAUUUCGUCCCAGUAUAAUAGGUUGGAUGCUUUUUUUUCUUUAUUGAAACAUUAUAGUUGAGAUAAAGGGGUUAUUUUUACUAAUAAUUUUGAUCAAGACAUUUUUACAAAUUUUACUUCAGAUUUUAAGGUCUUGACAAUUGAAAAUAAAACAGAUAUUGAUAAUUUAAUAAAACGAAUUGUAGUGCCUAUGGGCUCUUCACUAUAUUAUAUCUUUGCAAGCAGUGAUGAAUCUAACUCGAUACAAAACAACUUAGCAGGAGCAAAUUUACUAACAAGUGGAAAUGGACUUAUUCUUAAUCAGCAAGGAGGAUAUAAUUGUAGUGUCGAAGGAGCUUUAAUUAUAGUUGAUAUGGGCCAAGAAGACACAUGCUGUGAAGAAGAUUAUUUUGCGAAUUCUGUUAUCAACUUUUUGUCUUAUUUAGCCAUAAAUGCUGAAAAUUCUUCAGAAAUAAAAUUACUCCUCGAGAAAAAAUUAAAGACACACUAUAGCGAAAAUAAAUUUUCUCUACUAAAUAUACAAAAUGGGCAGAGAGUUAUAAUUGGGUCGAUUAUAGAUGGCAAUAUUAAAUUUUACAAUGACACAAUUUUUCCAGGGAAGACUAAAACAGUUCCAAAAUCAACCAAAAAAAUUAUAAAUAUUAGUAUUGGUGAUGGAUCAGCCAAUCCAAAUUCCCCUCCGUCAACUGUGGGCACAAUUGGGGCAAGAGGAUCCUAUGUUGCUCAAAAAUUUAUAAAUGAAGGUCUUCUAGGCAUUCUUUUAAAUUUCCAAGUUAACCUUUUCAGUUUUGACUGUGGAACUACUGUUUAUAACGAAGCCUUUGCGAAAGCUUGCUUUACAAAAGACUAUAAUAAUAUAGGAUUAGCAUACUUGUCACCAUUUGGGUCAUCUCCAACUGUUGGAACAUUGAGAUUGUUCAAAAAGAUGAAUUGGACAAUUCCAGUAAUCGGCUCAACAAACUCAGAAGCAACACUAAAUUCGACAGCCAUAUAUCCUAUGUACACAAGAGUUUGGCCUUCAAGCUCCUUUUCCUAUUCUUUGCAGCCUGUUCUAUUGAGAGCUCUUGGGUGAAAAAGUGCAGCUAUUAUGUAUCAAAAUGAUAGCUGAGGACAAACUGGGUAUUUUUAUGCAACCCAAGGAGCAGAAAACCACAAUUUAGACUUAAUAAAUCCAAUUGAAACAAGGGUCCUUCCUGCCACGCUUGAUAGAGCAGGCAUUCAAAACUAUACAAAAGUGAUCCAAGGAGUAAUUGACUCACAAGCACGAUUGAUUAUUUUUAUUUUUCAAUCUCCAUUGUGUAAUUAUGUGCUGGAAACAUUUUAUGAUUUAGGGAUGAGAAAAGGCGAUAUAAUAGUCUUUACUCCUUUGGCAGAUUUUUUAUCUGACUUCGCAAAAAGUGAUAACUAUACAUAUAAAAGAUUAGAGCUUGGGUCUCCUAUGAUCACUUUUUUUGGUCAACAAUGAGUAGGAAGUAUAGGGCAAACUGCAUUGUCAAGAAUGCUGCAGCUUUAUAAUAAUUCUUCUCCCAGCGCAUAUGCUGCGUAUUGAUUUGAUGGCUUAUUUUCAGCAGCUUAUGCUGUUGAUUAUAUGAUUAAUCGUGGAAGAGACUAUACUGAUCCGCUUAAACUUGAAAGCACAAUAAGAAGCGUCCAAUUCGUAGGAUGCACUGGAACAGUAACAAUAGAAAAAGACAGCAAUGACCGAAUCUUAUCAAAAUUUGACGUUCAAACAAAUAAAUUUGAUGUCAAUGGAAAUUUAGUUAAAUAACGAUUACCCCCCCCUCAAUAUUCAUGUCUACUGCAACAAAAAUUUUUCGAAAAAAUCUUCAUGCCUACUGCAACACAACAUUUUUAUAAAAAAAUUAAUGCAUUUUUCUCUAGGUGAGUUUUUCUCAAAAAAAACAUAAAAACAGCGCUACUGUAGGUGUUUCAAUGACCUUUUCAUCGAGAUUUGGACGGCUAUUGCUAGGCUCGCCAUUUUAUUAAACUUAUCUAGCUAAAAAGUACGGAUAAAUUUAAGAUGCGCAUCGAAAAUUUGUUGCAUUGGAUUAGGAUUAAGAUUAUUACAGAGACAGGAGCUAGCCAUAUUGAUGACGCAGUAACCAAAGACCUCCCGUACGGAAGGUUCUACUGCUUUUCGACCUCAGCCCAGAGGAUCUAUCCCUCUUACGAGUGCCCUUCCGGUACCUUCUGUCUCCUCUUUGCCUUGCGGGUUCAGUCUUGAGUGGGCGGCUUAUGGAUUUCUGCGGCCAUUCAGUGGGCGAUUGGAGUAGCUUGAUUCCAAGGAUCAGCUCUUGGAGUCUAUGAGUGUCAAAGUGCCUUUCUUCGACAGCUACAGGAAAAAGGCUGUUCCCCUGUGGCCUGGGCUGGAAACCCCCAGUUUCUCGUUACAGGAAUGCCCAUGGGUCCUCGGAUCCAAUGACCUCCAUUUCCAACCACAGAAAAGCAGCCAAAACCUACCCGGAUACACACUUCUUGAGCCUCUGUCUGAUUCUCGGCUCGGAAUCCGUCCCAGUUCGCUGUAGCCAUAAGAUCUUGACUGCUGCGCCAAGAGGGCAGGUUGACACGUGCCGCCAUUUUAAUGUAUAUAAUUUGUUGCAAGAGACAUGAAAAUUAUUAUUUUUUUAUAUAAAAUUUUAUAUUAAAAAAUUGCAUUUUUGUUGCAAUAGACAUGAAGAUUUGAGGGGGGGGUCAUCGUUACAUCAUUGGGGCAUUAAGACCUUUAAGCACACAUAUUUUGCAAAUUACUAACCCCAUUAUCUACUCUGAUGGGACUACAAUAAAGCCUGCAGAUUUAAGAAACCAAGACAAUCCCUGCCCUUUUCCUGAUGAUUCAGUUAAAACUUUUAUGAAGGGAAAAAUCCUUGUUUUUGGUAUUUGUUUUUCUAUUGCAUUCAUUUCUAUAAUAAUUACUAUAUAUAUCUGGAAGAGAUGAUGGAAUGCUCAAAUAGAUGAACUCAAAGAUAAGCAGGAAGUUUCUUUUCCUGAUGUAAUAAUUGGAGCAACUAUUGUUAUUGAAUUCUUCCAGUAUUCUUCAAUGGGUCCUAACUUUUCAAUGAUAAGCCCAUUUUUAGCAGAAAUUAGUAAUCCUUUUGGCUUAGAACUGCAAAAUAUCAUCAAGCUUAAAAAUGGAGUAUUUUGAGUCGUUGUGGAUAUUGUUUUUGGAUCAAUAGUCAUAUGAAUUACAAUGUGCAUGGUAAUUUUGUUUCGCUUAGAUGAGAAGUAUGCCCGUGUGUCUCCUUUUAGACUUAUUGCUUGGCUUGCUGAUUAUUUAAUGCCAAUUUUAGGGAAUUUAUGCUUUAUCCCAUUUAUUUCAAUUUGUCUUGAUAUUUUUGUCUGUGAUGAAUCAAUCGGAGAUAGUUUUACAGAUAGUUUUCUAGCCAAGGACUGCUAUUAUUUCUGCUGAAAAGAUGAGCAUUUAGUCUAUGCAAUUAUAUCAUUCAUUGCUUUAGUAUGUUAUUGCCCCCUUGCAGUAUUUUGUAGACCGCUAUGACAAGAGCUGCAGCACCUUUUACACGUAAAAACAACUCCUUUAUUUCUAAUGGUAAAAACUAUAGUGCAACUCAUUUUAAUUGUGCUCAAUAAAACGCUUAAAAGAGCGACAGGGUUAGGACAUGGGAUUGUUUUUACUGUCGCAAUGGUCUGCUAUGUUGCUUUUAUAUAUAAAUUCAAGCCUUAUAAUUAUCCUAGAUUCAGCUGGUGACAAAUAUUGGUCAUGAUUGGAGUAGCUUGGCUUGCAUUUUUAUCUACAGUAUGUAUAGGUCUUGGAUAUGGCUCAUUAAUUUUUCUUAUAGUUCUUAUUUUUGGAUGGGUUUUGAUAGCAUGCAUAGGAGUUUAUGUGCAAAAGAGAAAAUAUCCCAGUAUGCUGUAUAGAAAAAAAGGGCAAACUGUUACAGACUUAUUCAAAUUUACAUUUGGAAAGAACUCAACUUUUACCUUAAAAAAAAUAGUUCCAAACUAUGAGAAAGGAAGUAGUGAAUUAUCUUAAUCCCCUUAAAUUAGAGGGUUUUUUGUAAUACGAAAAAUUAUAUAUAUGAUUAUAAAAAAUAAAGAUUUCUCAUUAAAAAUUUUAAUUCGAUUCAAAGUAUCGACUUUUUUUAAUUAAUAUUAUACUUGGGUUCAGUAUUUAAAUUAAAAAAAGAUAUAAGUAAAUUUCACCAUUCAACAACAAAUUGAGCAUCAGAUGUCUAUCGAGAAAUAAUUAAAAUCUAUUAUAUUUAAAGAGCGGUUAAUUUGCCUAAAAUCAAAAAAAUUUACUAUAUAUUGCUUUAACUCUCCUCAUCCUUGAUCGAACGGCUCACCAUCGUUCGAUCAAAUCAAGGAUGGGGUUAAAAAAAUUUAAAAUUUUAUAUAUAAAAUAAAAAAAUAUAUAUUUGAUUUUUUUUAUUUACUUUUAAAUAAGAGGGUUAAGAGUAUUUAAUAAUUAUUUUUACAACAAAAAAUUGAAUUAAUCUGUAAAAUACUAAUUUUUAAUAUUUUGAUAUAUUAGUCAUCCCUUUAAACUGUAUAAAAUUUUAUUUUUUUCUUAUUGAAUUAAAAAUUUAAAAUUUUAAAGAAUCUCUAUUUUUUAGAUUAUUGAGUUUUUAAGCCCAGGUUGAUGACUAAAUCACUUUGAAUAAUUGAUUCCGAAGCUUUCUGUCGUCUCAAAGUCUCUGAAAACAACUUCAUUAUGUGCAUCUUCCCAAGCUUUCGAUAACUAAUAUAUUUAUAUAUAUAUAUAUAAAUUUGCAUUAUAUGAAAAUCGUUCAAUCAAGGAUGGGCUUAAUUUCCCCAAUUUUUAGGAAUAUUUACAGUCAAUCGUUCGAUCAAGGAUGGGGGGGGAGUAAAUAAAAAGAGGAUUUAG